CAUGAAGAGAAAAAAAAACGAAGACAGACACCGAGCAGUAGUGGAGACAGCUAAGUGUGGAAAAGAAGGAAAAAAAUAAACGAAAAAAUUUAAUAUAUUUGCCGUGCGAUCGACGAAUGGAAUAACCAUAUUUUCUUGGUUUAAUUUUAUUUUUGGUGUGUGUUUUUAUCAAUUCAUUUCACGUUCAAUUAAUUUCCAAGACGAAGAAGAAGAAAAAAAAACGUCGACGAAAAGAAAAAUAAGAAGCAAAUUUGUUGUGUUUUUUCCAUUUUGAUUUUUGUUUAAACAGAGAAAUAAGAAAAAGAAGAACGUAAAAUUGAUUGAAUUUAUUCGAAUUGAUAAAAUUUAAGUUACUGUAGUCUAUUCUAUUUCGUUCGUUCGUACAUUGUUCGGAGAUUUUAAAUGAAAAUUAAUCGUGUUUGGUGUGUGCGUAUGUUUGUCAUCGAAUGAAAGAAAAAAAAAAACAUCAAAAUAACAAAAUCCAAAUAGUUGAACAUCUCAAUUGGCAUCAAAUCGAGUAGAAAAGGCAAGGCUAGCUAAAUGGUUUUGUUUACAAAUGAAAUUUACAAGAGACACACCGAGAAAGAGAAGAAAAAUUGUAGCAGCGCAUGAAAUUGUUGGCUGUAGUGGAAACUGAUGUGGCUGGCGAAAAAUGUUAAAGUUGUUUUUUUCGUGGUUUGUUUUUCCGUUUUUUAAAGUUCAAGUUACACAAAAAAACAAAAAUCAAGUUCAAAAAGUCAAACGAAAUGGGAACAAGAUUGAAUUUUAUGUGGCAAUGUGAUUGAACGAGAGGAAAAAAAAGGGUUUGACAUCGUAAUUAUGUUAUGAGCAGAGCAACACACAAAAAAAUAAUGAUUGUAGAAUGAACGUCAACGUGAGAGAGAGAGAGAGAGAGAGAGAGAGCGAGAGAGAAAGACACAGAGGCAACUCCUAUAUACUCACAUCAACAUCAAUGUCUCUAAUUGCUUUUGCUGCAGUUUUUCGCUCGCAUCCAUACAAUUGUCGUGAUAUUUUGUGUGAUUUUUUUUUUGUUCGUUUGUUCCGUCUCUUCCAACUAAACUCAAGUAAUUUGCAUCAAAAUAUCGAUUCGAAUUUAAAAGAAAACAAAACGCCUAACAUCCAACGACAGUCAUACACAUAUAUACGCACUCAUAAAUCGACGAAGUAAAUGUAAAGUGAUUGAAAUUGAUGAAAUUGUGUCGUGCAAACAGGACAAGAAUGAAAAAAAAAAAUACAUUUACAUAUAUGAAAUACGAAUGAAAUGAAACCGAGAAAAAAACGAAUCGUAUAGAAAUAAUAAUAAGCACAUAAGCGCAGAAAUAUGAUUGUAAGCGUUUUUAUACAUGCGGAGAAAGAGAGAUGUGAGACAAAUUGUUUUGUUAAAUUCAACGCCCUUUACCUAGUGAUGUACUGACAGACUACUAUAUAUAUAUAUAUACUUGUAAACUGUUUAAUGUGAAUUAAAUCACAUUUAAACGUCGCUUAUGUUAUGGUUGUGUGUUCGCAUUAUAUACAUUUCUAUCUAUUAUUGUGUGUGCGAAAACGGCAAGAGCUCAUUAUUGAAAGUCAUUUGUUGCAAAUGUUGUUUAUUGCUUGUUUGGAACGUUUUAAAACAACAUCAAUCAAUUAUGAAAAUUAAGAGUUAUUUUGCUGAAUGUAUCUCAAGUAUCAAGAUGUUUAUACUUCCGGGUGGAAUGAGACGAUGAAAUCCAGAAAUUCGACCCAAAUCAACUUCAAAUUCAAGGCGAACGAUUGGCCCAACAAAGUGAACGAAGAAAGACCCGUUGACUAGCCCAAAUGUUCUUAUCAAAUGGCAUAUUGCGUGAAGAAAUAAAAUUCAUUGGACGAAACGAUAUGCAUGUUAAGUGCCCAGUGUUCAGGAAAGACUCAUAAAUAUUAAGUGUAUGAUAAACACAGCGCACAUCUUUUGCCGUAGCUCGGUAGUCGUCAUCGAGCUCAAAUUUCGAGGCGAAAACAACGAUUUUCAAUUAUAAUCUUGAGUUUGCGGUGCUUUGACACUUUGAUUCACAUCUAACCAUGGUUAGACUGCAGUCACUGGUUAUCAGCGAAAAAAAGACAAAAGCAGUACCAAAAUACUAUCCAUCAAGUCAGAAAAAACACCAAACAAACGAUGAAGAAAAAAUUGAUGCUGGCCACUCAAUUUUAUUAAUAUGAUGGAGGUCGUUCACUGCACCAGAUACUGCAAACGCAUUGCAUCGAAAUGUUAGGAAACUUCUAAGCACUGCAAAUCAGACAAACACAAGAAUCAACCCCAACAAGUGUUCCAAAUUUGUUAAUUACAUCAAAAGUCAACUCAACGCCAGCAAUUGACUACACAUUUUUUUUUCAAAAUACAUUGACCCAAAACACGAACAAAAAUAUUUUUAACCAUUUUCAACGUAUAAAAAAUACGGAUUAAAUAAAACACAGUAUCCAAACAAAAGCUAAAACCACACUGGAAGCGACGUGUGUGAUAAAACGGAGUUAAAGUGUCGGACGAUAAGAAAUUUGUUGCCAAAAUGCCAUCGGCAGCAAGGCCUGGCAGUCUAAAAGAUCCCGAAAUCGCUGAACUCUUCAAUAAACAUGAUCCGGAAAAGAUAUUCGAAGAUCUACGUGAAAUUGGCCACGGUUCGUUCGGUGCUGUGUACUAUGCACGAUGCACGCUCACCAAGGAAAUCGUGGCAAUUAAGAAGAUGUCGUACGUUGGACGACAAAGUAUGGAAAAGUGGCAGGAUAUCCUAAAAGAGAUCCGCUUUUUACGUCAAUUAAACCAUCCGAACACGAUCGAAUAUAAGGGAUGCUAUUUGCGUGAGAAUACCGCUUGGCUGGUGAUGGAGUACUGUGUUGGCUCCGCAUCGGAUAUUAUCGAAGUGCAUAAGCGACCGUUACGCGAAGAGGAAAUAUCAGCAAUCUGUGAUGGUGUACUGCAAGGUUUGAGCUAUUUACAUAGUUUGGGCCGAAUACAUCGUGAUAUCAAAGCUGGAAAUAUUUUGCUAACGGAACAAGGAGUUGUGAAACUGGCCGAUUUUGGUAGUGCGGCUAUCAAGUGUCCGGCCAAUAGUUUUGUUGGGACGCCGUAUUGGAUGGCGCCCGAAGUGAUUUUAGCCAUGGACGAGGGUCAAUACGAUGGCAAAGUGGAUGUAUGGUCGUUAGGCAUCACCUGUAUCGAAUUGGCCGAACGUAAACCACCCUAUUUUAAUAUGAACGCAAUGGCUGCACUCUACCAUAUCGCGCAAAAUGAUGCACCAUCGCUACAGUCACAAGAUUGGUCUCAAACAUUUCGCAGUUUUGUCGAUGAGUGUCUCAAUAAAAAUCCAGUCAAUCGACCCACAUCCUAUAAACUACUCUCACAUCCAAUUGUUAAGAAGCAGCGAACGACAAACGUGCUGGUUGAGCUGAUUGCCCGAACCAAGGCGGCCGUACGUGAAUUGGACAAUUUGAAUUAUCGCAAAAUGAAGAAGAUUCUCAUGGUCGAUUCGUGCGAAACGGAGAGCACGAUCGGCGAUUCGGAGGAGGCUAACGACGAACAAACCGGUGGCGAUAGCAGCAAAAGUAACAGCAUAACAUCCGAACAUUCGAUCCAAUCGGUUGGAAUAUCGGCGAAUAGUAGCCAGAGCUCUUCGAGUAAUUCAAUUCCACAAAAUCAACAUCAUGGCGGUGCAAUUUCACGAGCAUCAUCACGCCAUCGUAAUCCAAUGCCCCCACCAAUUAAUGUGAAUAUGAACAACAAUCUGCCGCCGCAUCAACAACAAAUGCCGCAGCAUCAAUACCAUCCGCUGCAGCCAAAUCCGUCAUCAUCUUCAAUUAAUCAAAUGGGCGUUAUGUCCGGAUUUGCUAGUUCAAGCUCGGGCCACUAUGUGAACCAUUUGCCACAGCAGGCAAUGGUCAAUGCCGUAUCUGAACAUGGUGCCAACAAUUUCGCCACCAUACGAACCACCAGCAUCGUGACGAAGCAACAAAAGGAGCACAUGCAAGAGGAAAUGCAUGAACAAAUGUCCGGCUACAAGCGAAUGCGACGAGAACAUCAAGCCGCUCUCGUCAAACUCGAAGAGAAAUGCAAAGUCGAAAUGGAGAACCAUAAAUCCGCCUUAGAUAAAGAGUAUGAUAUGAUAUUGCAUAAUUUUACCAGAGAAUUGGAUCGAUUAUCGGUUAAGCAUCAACAAGAACUAGAAAAACGGGUGAAACAACACAAUGCUGCCGAAAAGAAACUAUCCAAAGAUAUCACAUUGAAACAGGAGGGCGAUCGCAAAAACUGGGAAUUGAACAAGAAGCGAGAGUAUAAGGCGAACAAAGAGAGAUGGAAGCGCGAACUAUCAAUGGACGAUUCGACACCGAAACGACAACGAGAUGCUACAUUGCAAUCGCAAAAGGAUAAUCUGAAACAGGCUGAGGCGCAAGAAGAGAAUCGGCUGAUCAAAGGCCAAAAGAGCUACAUUGAAUUGGAAAUGCGAAAAUUCAAACGACGAAAAAUGCUCAUUUUUCACGAUCUGGAAAAUCAAUUAUUGCAAGAUGAACUAAGCAAAAAACAACAGCAACUGGAACAGGCGCAUGAGAUGUUGCUGAAACAUCAUGAAAAGACUCAAGACUUGGAAUAUCGCCAACAGAAGAGUGUACAUAAUUUGCGUGAAGAACAAAUAGCCAAACAACAUGCAACCGAAUUGCAAAACCAACGAGAUUACACAGAACGUGCCGAAAAGGAAUUACUUCGCAAGCAUGCGGCUGAAGUGAAGCAACAGCCCAAGAGCUUAAAGCAAAAAGAGCUGCAGAUCCGUAAACAGUUCCGUGAAACGUGCAAAACUCAAACUAGACAAUAUAAAGCGUUAAAGUCGCAAAUACUGCACACAACACCUAAGGAAGAACAAAAAGCUGUGAUAAAGAAAUUAAAAGAGGAACAACAUCGGAAACUAACUCUGUUGGGUGAACAGUAUGAACAAACCAUAGCCGAUAUGCUGCAGAAGCAAAGCUUACGAUUGGAUGAGAGUCAGGAGAUUGAGUGUCAACAAUUAAAGGACCGUUUGCAAUACGAAUUGGAGAUAUUGAUGGCGUAUCAAAGUAAAAAUCGUAUGCAAGCGCAGGCACAGCGCGAUCGAGAACGCAAAGAACUUGAGGAUAGAGUCAGUGUUCGACGUUCAUUGCUUGAAAAUAAGAUGGAUGCUGAAUUGCAACAAUUCAAUAACGAACGUGCUGAACGAAUAAGACAGUUGAACGACAAGCAUGAGAAAGAGCUGGAAACAUUUGAUGAUGAGUCAACUCGUAUGGGUUUCAGUUCAUUGGCACUGGCCGAAUCGUCAAAAGAAUGCUAUCCAGAUGAGGAGGGAAGUUUAUCGGGUUCGAUGAUAUCGCUAGCACAUAGCAAUAGUUCAACAAGUUUUCCAUAUAUAGCAAACGAAAGCCAGAAAUAGUAUUGAUUUUGAGAGUGAAUUGCAUUAACUUAAUGAACAAGAUGGAAAAAAAACCGAAAAUAAUCCGACAUCAAAACAAAAAUAUCCAAUAACAACAUUCAUUUUAAGCCUCAAACCAACACAAUCUCCACAAAAACCCACACAUACACAAACACACACACACACGAAAAACGAUACCUUUUCACCCUCCCACAUUCAUAGUGUAAUACUGAUAGAAGAAGAAAAAAACAAUUAGAAUCCGUUAACUGUACAGUAAAUAAAAAGAAUCAACAAUUCCUUAUUUAUUUAUGAUUCAACAUGAGUUCAAAAAAGUAUCAAAUCAAAAUGUUGACAAAGAAAGGAUAAAGAAUCAAACAUAUUGUCUUGAUUGAGAAGAAGAGAAUUUUUUUCAUUAAUCUAUGCGAAUAGAUCAUAAAUAGUAGCAUAAACAAAAAAUGUAACAAAACAACCAAAAAAGUGGAUUUUAAAUGAAAACAAGUACUGGAUUUUGAGAGACAGAAUAGUAGCCACAUUUCGCUUAAUGGCAUUUUACAUUUCUAUUGACGAGAAUCCAAUCAAUUCGAUUCGUGUAUUGGAAUGAUCUGAUUUGACUAUGAUACGGACAGAAAUAUUCAGGUCCUUUGUUUCCUGGUGAAAAAAAGGGGGGAUAGAACGCAAUGUUACAAUUGGCAGCAAAAGUGAUGGUCAUUCUCAUUUGCAGCAAUCGACCACCGAAAGCGGGAAUUCCACACGCAUACGGAAGACAUUGCACCAAAUGAAUUUAAAAAAAUUCUUCGUGAUGGUUAAUGUUACCACUAAAUAUAUUAAUUUUACAAAUUCGAAUGAACUUUUGCUUCCCCAACUAACUCGUAAUCAUAUUUUUGUCAAUCGUAAAUUAUUGCAUUCGAAACAAAUGCGGACAAUUUGCAAAAUUCCGAACAAAAUUUUACAAUUUUUCCUUUUCAUUUAACACCGUUUUUUGUUGUUGUUUAUUUACGAAAUUCGAUUCCUCGAAUUUUCUCAAUUUGUAUCAAUUGUUUCUGUUGUCUUUUUGUUUGUGUUUAUUUUUUCUUUAGACUUCAUCUCAUUUUAAACGUAAAGUCAUACAAAUGCAUUCAUUCAUUUUCCUUUUUUGUCGUUUAUUUUCUUGUCCAAAUGCAUAAAAAAAUGAGAAAUAUAUUCACAACUGCGAAAUCAGAGUUUAUUUUUCCAUUCGGUAUUUACGAUAUUAGGAAAGCCCCUCUCAGCUGACGUUAAUGCAAGCCAACUUGUGGUGGUUUUUUUCCUCUCUGUGAGUAAUAGUUCGUAUUGCGACACUUGUGCCGAACAUGAAAGACGUCUCUUAUUUAAAAAUGCAAGAAAAAAAAUAGAAGAUAAAAGCAGGCGAAGGAGAUUUACAUUAAUAUUCAACAUAAUUUUAAGUAAAAUUUAUUAUUUCAUAAGUAGAUUGUGACAAAGAAGAAAUUGAAAAUCCCAAAAUUUACUUAAAACAAAUAUUAAUCGACAAAUAGACAAGUUUCAUGCACGUCUCUGCGAAUAAACAGAUUGAUAAGGAAACACACACACAUACACGCCCAUUUCAACGUAUGAACUGAAUAAAUUAAAUACAACAAAACAAAUCAUUAUGUGAAAGAGAUAGAGAAAAAUGAUGUAUUAAUUUAAUUGAUAUAAAAAUGAAACAAAAACAUA